GCUCCAGCCAUUUCGGCUCGCGCGUCGGCCUCCCCUGUGGCAGCCCAGCGCCGCGGACUGGCGCCUGCCCCCCCGCUGGCCGCCGGGGGCGAAUAUGGCGGACGCGCUGGAGGGUAUGCGGGACGACGUCGUCCUCUACAUCGGUUCUGGGGAGGACACGUGCUCUCCUUGGUCGGCUUGUUCCUGAAUGGCAAGCUUUCGAGGUCGUGGCCCACCUGAUGUACCUGGGCGUUCUCUUGGGGCCCGACGUCACGAUCCAGAUGCAGUGGGACGUCGUGCCGCUCUACCUGCUCCCCGAGAGGGACUUCGUGUACGUGGACUCCCUGGACUUCCUGGGGCGGGCUGCGGGGGGCCUCGGCCCCGCCGCGGGCCGCGAGCACCUGCUGUCCGCCCUGGCGAGGAUGCGGGACUUCGAGGUCGACCGCGGCGCGCUGCGCGCCCAGCGGCCGCUGGGCGAGGGCGGGCGGCAGACCGUUCGGUUCGUCCACGACGCCUGGUCCCCAGGGUGGAGGCCUGCGUGGCUGGGGCGGUGCCGCUCGCUGUACCUGUGCGGCUGGGGCCCGUUGGCGGGCGCAGGCUUCAGCGCAGAGGAGCCCAGCGAGGAGCGGCGCGGGCAGGCCUUCGCGGGCAACCUCGAUCGGUGGCUCGCCCACGUGGGCUGGCGGCCAGCGACGGUCUUCGGCUGCCACUCGGCCUGGGCCGCGGGCUGCGCCCGCGCCGCUGGCGCCGAGUUCCGGGACGUGCCGCACUACCAAUUCCUGCUCCUCCCCGAGGCGUGGCAGUGGAGGUACAGCUUCGCGUGGGCUAGCCUGAAGUUUGGCCCCGGGUUCCGCCGCCUCGCGGGCGACGAGCUCCUGCGGUUGCUGCCGGGCCGCGGGGUGGCCCUGCGCGAGUACCAGGGCUCGGCGGACUUCGACUCCGCCUCCACCAUCCCUGCGCGCCGCCCGCCCUCCGUGGGCCCGAAGCCCGCCGCCGCGGCGGGCGCCGCUGCUUGCGCGGAGGACGCCGCGGCGGGGUCGCCUCUGCCGCAGAGCCCCGAUGCGCGGGGCGCCGCCGCCGCCGCAGAGGCCUCCGCCGCCGCCGGCGCGGCGGCGGAGGGCCCUGGCGCGGCGGGGCCGCGGGGAGGCGGCGGCGGGGCGAAGGAAGGCCGAAGGGGGGAGGGCCGCGGCGAUCUCCCCUGAGAUCCUGGCGUCUCAGCUUUUUCGGGCUGGGCGUUUUUUCUCGGCCGGCGUCGGGGUGCGGGCCCCUCGCACAUCGAUGCGGCUCGGAAAGUAGCG